UAUUACGGGCACACUAACAAUCACAGUCACAGAAGAAUUUGCAAACUUUUGUUAGCCGCAAAUAAAAAUUGUUUUCAACCCAAAUAAAGAGUAUUCGACAAAUAUAUUUGCACUCCCGAAUCGACGCAUCAUCCAAAAAUAUCAGACGCAUGGCCGCCGCUGCGGAUGCAGCCAGAUCCAACGCGUUGCUCGCAAUGAACAAAGCGAACAACACAAAAUGCCGCGCGUGCCUUUCGGUAAGUCGCCAGACCGUCAAGCUGGACGCCAAGAUACCGGAUUUGCAAAGCGUACGCACAUACGGCCAAGGCUUGCGGCAGUGCACCAAUUUGCCAAUGACCGCGCGCUCCGCUGGCGGCUACAAGUGGCCCAUGCAGAUCUGCAUACGCUGUUGCCGCGCAUUAGAGGUGGCCAUGCAUUUCAUGGAGCUGGCUGUUGACUCGAAUCGCAAGUUGUUUGCUGAAUCGCAGAAUGUUAAGUUGACGCCACCGCACACGCCAAGCAAUCCAUCGACAGGCGAGCUCAAGCGAAAGGCCAGCGUUGAGCUGUUGCAUUGGAAUCAAUUUAGUCAGGAAUUCGAGCAAUUCGUGGAAAGCUAUGAUGGAAUCUCAGCGCCCAUCGAAGAGAAUGUGCUGUAUAUGCGAGGAGCGAAGGUGCCACGCUUGGACAACGAUGCAACGCCGAGCAACGAGCCUCCAAAAGAAGAUGAUGUUAUCUUGUUUGAUGUAAAGUAUGAAAGCAAUGAUCAGGAUCAGGAAGAUGAGAAUGAUGGAUCGGAUGCAAAGAACAGCGAGACAUUCUAUGACAAUAGUAUUACAAACGACGCUACUAAUAAAAACAAUGAGAACAACAACAACAAUAACAACAACAACAACUUUAAUUUUAAUAACAAAAAUGAUCUGCCUGAUGAUCUCAUUCAACGUGCACUCUUCAUGACCCUCAACGAUGUCGAUGUCACUAGAAACCAAACUCCUGAGGAAUUGCAAACAAUAGAAUCGAUCAAAGCCACACUACUAGAAUCUACUGAGCAAUUGCUGCCUACUAAGGAGAACUCCACAACCAUGCUGUCACAAAAGUCCACACCAAGCAGGGAAAUCAAUCCCGCUCACAUUCCUUUACUCAGCUGCCACAUAUGCAAGCACACAGCAAUGGAGGCCAAACAAAUGCGCAGCCAUUAUAUGCGAGUGCACAACUCUGAUGUGUCUGAAGACGAUAUCAUUGGUCUCACUAAAAAUCAAAGCUUUAAGUGUAGACCCUGCAAUAGCUAUGAGACCAAUAGUCGUACUGAUAUGCAACAACAUCUGAUUGAGCAUCACAAAAUCGAUGGUGACUUCGAAAUGUAUUGUUAUGUACAGCAGAAUUGUCCAGCCUGUGGCCGUAUCUUCAAGGAUCAGCGCUCAGCACGCACACACUACACACGCAUGCAUACACCGCAACAACAACAGCAGUCGCAAGCAGGCGUCAGUUGUGCUGGACGUGAAGGAGCAGAACAGCAACACAUGUGCAUUGCGUGCGACAAAGUAUUCAGCUCGAAGGCCAGUCUACAGGCCCAUCAGCGCUUCUGUCAGGUGAAGCAACCGGUGCACUGUAAUUUCUGUGAACAACAAUUUAGUAGCAUGCGCAAGUACGAGAUGCAUUUGCAACAGCAGCAUGCAGUUGAUACGCUGCACGAAUGUGAAAUAUGCAAGAAGAGCUUUAAAAACAGCGAAUCAUUGUCGGUGCAUCGUAAGCGGCACUCGGAGCGUCAUUAUCAAUGUGGAAAGUGCUCGCUUAACUACAUUAAUGCGGCAGAAUUGCGUGUGCAUUAUGAGCGAGCUCAUGUCCAAGAGGAGGAAGUGGUCAGCUGUCGCAACUGCGGCAGUAAAUUCCAAAAUUAUGCAUUACUGCGUGAACACGAGCAGCGAAAUCACCAGAAAGCAAAGGUGUGGCGUUGUGACAGCUGCACCUUUGAGACAAGCACUCGGGCGCGUCUCCGUCAGCACCAAUACGAGCACACCGAUUAUCCUUACAAGUGCCAACAUUGUCCCGAGGAGUUUGCCGAUCGCGGCAAAAUACGCCAACAUUCCAAGAAGGUCCAUGCGGUGGAGCUGAGCGAUGAGCAGCUGGCCGAAAUGUUUCGCGAACGUAUUGGAUAUACCAAUCGCCAUGAUGCAUUUAACAAGACCAACAAUUCCUUGGAGAUACCGGGCUUUAGUGACGAUUGCUAUACAGAGCUGAAGAGCCUCGGUCUGGACUACGAUGACAUUACAACCGAUCUCUUUUCGAAUUCCAUUAGCGUAUUGGACAAUCUGCUCGAGUUGGUGCCAUAAAACACGUAAAAAGAAAGCACCAAUAUACAUCCAUUUACCUGCCUAGAAUAUAAGUAAAAACAUCCUGAAUAGCUAACGAGAACAUGAAGACUGUCCACACUAAACACUUAUCAAUCAAUCUUUCACUCCAACUUCAGCAAUCAUUUCCAUUUCCAAUUCCAUUUGUACUUUAUGUUUGUUUUGAUUUCCAAAAU